AUGGAGAUCCAAUGCAAUGUGACAACACUAGAGGCCCAGACACAGAUCAACUCCACCAUCUUCCACCUGGUUAAGAUGGUCAGCAUGUGUGUGAGCUGCACCUUCAACACUUUACUCAGUGUUCCUUUACUCCUGGUCAUCACACGCUCCCCAUCCCUGCUCAGACACACUCGCUUCCUGCUCCUCAUGCACCUCCUCUUGUGUGACAACCUCCAGCAGCUCCUCUGGACAAUCAAAGCAGUUAUCUUAAGAUCCAGAGAAGGUAUACCUGUGACCCAGUGUCUGAUCUUCUGUGCUGCUACCCAGGCCUGCUCAUUGAUGGCCCUCUUCCUGAGCGCUGCCCUGGCUGUGGACCGCUUUGUAGCUGUAAAGUGGCCCCUGCGCUAUGAAUUUAUGAUGUGUCCUCAAAGGAAGGGAGCAACUGUUGCAGCCAUAUGGACUUUAUCAGCUGUGCUCCCCAGUGUGGCUUUGUGUAUCAGCCUCAACACCAUCCAGGUCAAUUUUCCCCUUCCCCGCUGUCGACCUCUCAUUCUCACGCCCUGCCUGUCUGGGACAUCGGCUCCGAUACUUUAUUGCACCUUGGUAAGUGCUGUCGUGGUGCCUCUGUGUUUUCUGACCAUCCUCGGAUGCUUCUGCCUGCUCUGCUGGGACAUGAGUGCAGGACUGCUGUGCACCAAGAGAGCUUGGGUGACCCUGACCCUCCAGGUAGCUCAGACUGUUCUCUUUUCUGUUCCUGCGGUCAUGGACAGCUACCUGAUCCCUGGUUACCUGCACAGUGAUGCUCUUGAUAUAGCAACCACCAUCAACUAUAACCUGGGGGUGUCACUCAUCCCUCUGGUCUAUGGCUACCGCUCAAGGGAGCUGCAGAAAAGGAUACGGCAGGCUGCAGUUUGUCUUAAAGCCUGA